AGGAAAACAUCACCACUCUCUUGCAGGAGCUUUGUCAUGCGAGAGAACAUCGGCAGAAUUGGUCACAUGCCCGGCGCGAUUACGGGGAUCCACUUGAAAACCGACGAAUCUAGUACCCACCACACUGUCACCGUCAGCCAUCUGUGCACUGGAUAUCUUUUUACGCGGUCAUAAUGGCCACGCGUAAUUCCGACUAUUCGUUACCCGUGUCAGCGGCUAUAUAGCAUGUCAUCCCUGUCUUCAGCCCCUUCCAAGACAUGGCGUUCUUAUCAACAACUGAAGCUACCGUCAUUCUUAUACUGUCAGCGCUCUUCGUGGCAUUUGUCCAAUCACGAAAGAAUGGCACGCGCACGCUCCCUCCUGGGCCCUCAAAAAUUCCAUUCUUUGGAAAUUUAUUCCAAGUCCCUGUGCUAAGACCGUACCCCCAGUUCAGAGAAUGGGCUUUGAAGUACGGUCCCAUCUAUCACCUUCGACUCGGACCCCAGGAUGUCAUCGUCUUGAACACCGCCGAAGCUGCUGACGAGCUUUUUGUGAAUCGCAGCAAAUCCUUUUCCAGUCGUUCACCUCCACACGUUGCACAUGAUAUCAUGAGCGCAGGACAACGAUUGGUGUUUUUGCCUUAUGACAGGGAAUGGAAGGUACGCCGCUCCUCGCCACUUCAGUAUCUGGUCGCGUAACUUGUCCCCAAGGUCGCAAGAAAAAGUCUGCAUUCAUCCAUCGGGCCUACGGCGUCCAAGAAACUACGGCCAUCCCAGCAUCUUGAAUCAUGUGUCCUUCUGAACGACAUGCUCUCGCACGGCGACUACAGCGUCGCACAGAACCUCAAAGAAGGGUCCAACGGCGUUGUCCCCGAAGAGCACUGGUUCUCUUUGAUACGCCGAUACG